UUUACUCUUGCUGAGUUAUUUGAUCGUGAAGGUUGUUACGCUUGACUAAAAUGUCCGCUCUAUUGGAGGUUAUUGGUUUACCGGAUCUCAAGAAUUUCCAAGGGCUUUACAAACAGAACUGGCCCAAGUUUUGCCAAGAAUAUUACUGCCUGGAUAAUUUCAUAGAAUUUCUGAAGAAACAACCAGAAAUUAAGCACUUGCAAGCAUAUACUUUGAAUAUAAAACAGGCCAGAGAUGACGCUCUUUUUGUUAUAGUCGAUCGCUAUCAACUAUUUGUGGGCAGUUUAAACAACACGAAUGGUCUGGUUCGAAAAGCUUUGGAUUUACUAGACUGGUCGACGGGUUUAAAGUGUAGCUCUGUGCCUUUCAGACAUAUUGAUGCCUUGGAUAGUAUUGUCGAGUCCAAAAAGUUAGACAUAGUGUUUAGAGACCCCACUGACUUAUUUUAUAUGAAGGCAGCGGAUGCUCUCAAGCUGAGGGUUGAACCACCAGCAGGAUUUACCUUAAGAUCUUUGAGCGUGGCAGACGCUCCUCUGGUCAACGAAGAGUGGCCCAAUCAUCAUUUGGGAUCUCUGUUCUUUAUAGAGAGACAGAUUCGGAUGUGCGUCAGUGUUGGAUUGUAUCAGAAAGAUUCCCAAGAGCUGGUGGCCUGGUGCAUCAGAUUACAAGGCGGAUACUUGGGAGCUCUACAAGUGAAAGACUCCCACAAACGUAGGGGAUUUGGCAGUGUGGUGACUAGAGAAAUCUCUUACCGCCUUGCGGAACAAGGUCACGAUGUGAUGGCUUUGGUAGGACACUUGAAUAAACCUUCAUCCGGGAUGUUUAGCAAGCUGGGCUUCAAAGUCAUUGACCAAUGUCUUUGGCUGAGAACGAAACCCACCAAAGGAGAAUUCACCUGGCCCGGCGGCGAGUAGUUGGUUUUUAAAUGUCUGUAUUAAAAUAUUACGACUAUCGGUUGUAUAUGAAUACAAGUUUGGUAUAAAAA